GGUGGCUUCCUGCUCAGUGUCACGUGACAGCGUCCUCGCCUAGAUACGAGAAAGCGUCUCCCCGCGGUCGCUACGGAGAAAGUGAUGGGUCUCGUGUAGUUAAAGGAAUAUACUUUCUUGGGUUUUCUCAAGCAGUUUGGCUAUCAGAACGUCAUGGAAGUCUGUAAAAAACGCUUCGCUGUCGUUUCUGAAACAAGUCUGUCAACUUUUAACGACUGCACAUCCACAUUUCAGUGCACUGAUCUUUCUUAGCAUGACAGAUAAAGAUUAGUUAGCAUGACAGCGAGCUAACGAAAAAAGCCUCAGCACCAUUUAGCGACCACGCCUUCCUGGAACAGUGUGGCUGCAGGCUCCUAGGCAGACAUGGGCAAACUACAGAGCAAGUUUCGUAAGAGGUCUGACCUCUACAGGGCUUCUCAGGGGGACAAGGUUGAUAAUACCUUUGACAGUCAGAUUCUGCUGUAUGAACCUGCCCAUCAUGGAUCCGUUAACACUGUGACCAACCUCAGCCCUGAUCUGUGCGUCUCUGGUGGAAGUGACCAGACUGUCGUGGUGUACGAUUGGAAACAAGGCCAGAUAUGUCAGUCCUUCCAGGGUCACAACAGAGAGGUUACCAAGGUGCUUUGUUAUCCAGGUAGCACAUGGAUUUUUAGUGCCUCACGGGACAAGACUGUUCUGAUGUGGGACCUAAACCAGGGAGACGAACCUAUUCAGGAAUUUUGUGGGCACGAGUUGGUUGUCAACGGACUUGCCAUCAGCCCUGAUGGAAGAAAGCUGUGUACUGGCUCUCGUGACAACUGGAUGUGCCUGUGGGAUAUAGAAUCUGCAAAAUGUGAACAGAGACACAACAUCUCCAGAAACUUGGUGACUCAUGUCUGUUGGGUUCCAGCCAGCUACUCGUUAGCCCAGACCUCUGAGGAUAAAACCAUCAGGGUUUGGGACAGCCGCACAUGGCAGGUAACCAACACUUUUCCAGCGAAGCAAUACAUCCAGACCCACUGUGAUGUCUCUCCAAAUGGUCACUACUUGUUGUCCAGUAGCAACGGCUUUGGAGGCCAGGGCUGUGAAGCCACGCUCUGGGACCUGCGUCAGCCGGGCUGUAAGGUAGUGGAGUACAGAGGCCAUCUCCAGACCACAGCCUGCUGUGUGUUUCUGCCCGCGUCCGCUGCAGGCGCCGCUCGGGUUGCAACAUCCUCCCAUGAUGGCUCUCUCAAGAUCUGGGAUCAGAAUACAGCAGUGUGUCUGGGCACGCUGUCUCUGGAUGGAGCCGGGCCGCUGCUUUCUCUGUCUCCAACUGAUUCUACCACUUUGCUGUGUGCCAGUUUCAACACUGGUCUCCACCACAUUCAAGUGGAGCAGAGAGCACACCAGGCUCAGGGCUCUGGGGCAGGCUCAGACGGAACAGGAAGCCUAGACAUUCGAGUGGUGGCUCGUUUCUGACAGCACACUCAUGUCACAUUUACCGCUGGACUGUGAACAGCCUGUCGUACAGUGAGCUCUGUCACUGGAUUUUAUAAAAAGCUACCUUUUUUAAAAACACUUAAACUUUUUAUUUUUUUGCUUUUGUAGAGUUCUAUUUUAAAACGAAUGACAGUUGAAAGACAUUAAAGUAUUUAUGAAGACCUUUUUUCCUGAGGCACCAGUAACACCAAAUGACUGUGCCUGGAGAACUUUUAGGAGGAACCUGUUUAAAGGCCUCUGAGCAGGAAUAUCCUUUAGGAUAUCCUGUUGUAGUAAGUUGAUAUGAGGCAUCUUAAUGUAGCAGUAAGCAGUAAUCUCUGGUUUUAUGAUAUUCAUAGUGUUAUAUUUCGAGCCAAUGCCAAUUCCUGGCUCUGACUGCUUACGUCUAUAGGGGCUUUGGUGUGCUGCGGAUGUAGUAUGCUGUUAGGAUGACAAGUGAAACAAAAACAGCACUGCUACAAUGCCCUAAGCCCAGACAGAAUUUGGAAGCAUUAAUCGAGCAGGAAAAGAAGCCAUUUGGUCAAGUGUUACUCAUCAGGAGUCGUGACAGCAUUGAAAGCCAACCGUUUCUAUCUGAAUGUGACUUGUUUUGUAGGUAACCGUCAGAUUUGAGGUUUUAUUUGUCAAGAGUCACUAAAACGAGACAAUAGGGAGUAUUUAGUUAGUACUGUAUCUUUAAUUGGUCUGGCCUUACAACAGAAUAGCAUCUAUGACACCAGACUGUAUGAACAUUCUGUUUUUCUUGUGUAGAUCCUUUUUUGGGGUUGUUUUGUGCUGAAAGCCAUUCCAUUUCAAUUUGAAAAUUGCUAUGCAAAAAAAUAACCAUUUUCUCAUUUUGAUAGAAUAAUGUAACACGAGGGAAAAUACUGCAAAGGCUAAAUCAAUAUGAUCUGUACUCUGUCUAAAACCUACUGAUGGUUGUUGACCUCUUAGAACUUUAAUUUCAGACUGUACAGUUUAGGAACACAUAACAUUAAGUGGGUUAAGGUACGAUAUAAAUAUGACUUAAACCUUCCCCAUGCUUUACCUUGAUGGUAAUACUUAUGUAUUUGUGGCAGUCAUGUUGCAAAGGAGACCUAACACGAUAAUUACAUCUUUCAUUAGAAUUUGGAAAUGUAAUCAAUGUUAACAUCUGCUGCUAAUCUAAAUAGAUCUAGUUUUACUCUAGCAUGGAGCAGUCAUUGCACUGAACAGAAUAGGAGAAAUACUUUUCAUUAGUGCCCUUAAUGAGCCCUUUUGUGUUCACAGCCUUGUAUCAAACCGUUACGAAGGGCUUCUCGUUGUCAUCCCAAGUGUAUCAAUGCUGUCUACUUCCAGAAAUAUUGGAAGAGGGACAGAGUACUUCAAAAACAUGCUAUAAAAAUGCAACAAAAUGAGUGUUUAGCACCGUGGUGAUUGCUCAGGCGAUAUGAAACCAUUUUACCUAAUGACACAGAUCACUGAUGACUGCUGUGUUUUGUCUGUACUUGAUCACAAAAAAAACUAAUCUUGUUUCACCCCCC